AUGAAAUCUCGGAUGGUAAAUAGUACUCGAUUUUUAAUGCCACUCAAAGGGAUUAAUUUACUCCAAAGACAAGCUUUUUACCAAGUUAGACACUUUGGCCAGGCAGGUCGUCAUUCUCGUCAAUUUGACAAGGCCAACUACGACACCUUAGUGAGAAACGCAGUACAUGUGAGUCGCAAUGGAAUUAACGGGACAACGACUGGGGGGAAGAGGUUACCCCUUCGCACCAUUCUUAUAUUAAUUGCCUCUUCUUCCACCUUAUCAAUGCUACUAUAUGCCUCAAUACAAUACUUUAGAAUCAGAGACGAAUUGCAUCAAUCGACAGGAUCAAAUAUUCAGAAAUCAAUUUUCCUACCAUUGUGGUUCAACCCUAACGUUUUAUGGAAAAAGACUUUGAAUUACCCUGAGGGGUUGGUUUAUGUGGAUAAGGGUUACCACAACUAUAUAACUACAGAAAUGGCGCAGAACAACCUUAAUGGAACAACUAAAUCAGACAUCGACGAGUAUUGCAAUGACUUGCAGCAGCAAAAUAUAAAGUAUGCAGUUCUUGAAAAGCUUUCCUCAAACAACAAGAUCCGCGCAAUUUUCGGAUUACCUUUGAAUCUCACCAUGAAUAACUCCAAAUUCAAUAUCUGGGUCGAACUAAUACAUCCCAGCGCGUCAGGUAUACAAAUUGAUUUUACCCAGAAAUCGAAUGGGACUGAAGGGGGCCAUAAUAUCAGCUUUAAAUGGGCGAUUAAACCCAUAAACUGGAAUUCAAUCAAAGAUGAUACAUUGUCACCAAUUGGUUUGGGUAUGGCCCGGAUUGGAUCCAAUGCAGAUACAAAAAUACAUGAGAAAUCGAGUGGCAAGAUCCAUGAGGUGCAUCAAGUGAAGGACAAAGUGCCCUUGAAUCCCAACAGGGACUACGCGGUAAAUUUUCAAAGCGAAUAUUCUAUUACUGAUAAGGCAGGAGACAAACAAGGAAAGAUAAAGUAUAUUGGCACUAUUGAUUUUGAUCAUUUGUUGGUCAACCGUGGUGUCAAGAUAACCAAUGUCGAAUUGGUAUACGAUGACACUCUGUAUAAAAUCAUAUAG